AUGUCUCCGGUUCCAUCUGUUGACCAUCACAGCUCUGCGCCAGAUGACAACAAUCGUAACGACCUACGUACGCGAGACAAUACCCAAUCGCGUAGGUCUUCGGGCGAGAAGCGCAAACGUAUGCCACCGCCACGGUCUGCGAGUCCAUCUGGCCUGCGAGUCGUCAAGGCCCGGAAGCUGCGCAGCGGUGGCAGCCGUGGCAGACCGCGAGGUAAGGAUUGGGAUAUACUUACCCGGCAAGUACUCGACGAUGCGUGGGGUCACUUCCGUGCGCGCGUCAGUACUGAAUAUCCUUAUCCCGGUCAGGAAGAAGAGGAGACGUGGGCCGGUGAGGCAUGGGUGAAGGCGUGCCGAGCAAAAAAUAUUGAUAUGGAACUCGAAGAUGAACUUGUGAAGACGAUAAUUCAGCGCGGAUCACAAGUUCGGGGCAAGCUGAAGGAGCAGGCUGUCCUGCUGGUGCCUCAAGCAUAUGGUCUUCGCGCGACUGCUUCAGAUAAGGAUAUCCGUGAAAAUCGCGAUAAGGUUGCUAGAUUGACGGGGGGGCAGAAGCCGACGUUUAUCUACCAGAAUCCCGAUACUCGUUACCGGAUGUAUGAACACGAAAUCAUACAGACGCUGAUCAAUGCUACAUGGUUUCGGAAGAAGAAUGAUACUGGUGUUCGAUAUGCCGAGUACUUCAAGCGGGGCAUUCCUCUCGUCACGAUUGCCCUCGUGCUGACUGCGGUUGAAAAUGUCCUGGAUGAAUGGGCCACCGGCAAAUAUGUCCGGAAAGACUUCUCGGAAAGAGCUUACAAGGAAACUUUCGAGAAACACUGUCGACUGUUGGAAGACUUCCGCGAGCAGACACGGGAGCUACGUGUCCUCAAGCACAUCCGGCUCGAACUUCUGGGCAAUGCUAGGUGA